GGAGGGAGAGGAAAAAGCAAAGUAAGAAACUUUCUUAUUUUCUUUCUCUUGCUCUCUCUUCUCAACUCGCCGACCUUCUGCAGCUGCAUCAGGGACCAUUGUUUCACUAUGUUUGGAUAUGGGCUCGUCUGUCUGUUUUUACAUCUGGUUGUCUCUGUACCUCAACCACCGUGUCGUCGAUGCUGCGAUCACCUCCCACCACUAGAUGACGCUGCAACACAAAGACAAGGCAUGCCUGCAAUCCCGGAGGUCCGCACGUACAUCAACAUGACCAUUCUCAAAGGUGACAAGGGUGACCGUGGAGAAAGGGGAACUCCUGGAAAGCUUGGGAUCGAGGGAUCCCCAGGACCACGGGGUGCGGAAGGUCCCAAAGGAGCCAAGGGACAAGCCGGAGCUCCGGGUGACUCUUGCAAGUCCCAGCAUUCAGCUUUCUCGGUGGGCCGACGGAAGUCCCUUCAUAGCGUGGAUAACUACCAGGCCCUGAUUUUCGACACCAUCUUCGUAAACAUCCCCGAACACUUUGACAUGUUUUCUGGGAAGUUUCUUUGCCACAUACCAGGUAUCUACUACUUUAACGUGAACAUCCACACGUGGAACUUUAAGGAGACGUAUCUUCACAUCAUGCAGAACGAGAGCGAGAAGGCGAUCGUUUACGCUCAGCCGAGCGACCGAUCCAUCAUGCAGAGUCAGAGCGUGAUGCUACUUCUGAAGGAGGCCGACGAGGUUUGGGUCCGCCUUUACAAACGUGAGCGUGAGAACGCGAUAUACAGCGACGACGUGGACAUUUACAUUACCUUUAAUGGAUACCUCAUCAAACCAGAGACGGAGUGAGAUGACGAAUGGUUGGAAAGUAUGAAAAACUGACAGGUUUAUGAAAGUAGCAGUCAAGCGAUACAAAUUAAAAGGAUGACCUUACUAUAUAUAUUUUUAUGAUGUUUCUAAUCAUCCCAACGUUUUAUAUUACAUUUCAGUGCAUUUAUGCAUUUGUCAAAUGCUUGAUUUACAAUGCAAUUCAAUUUAACAUCUUAUCAGUAUGUGUUUUUCCUGGGAAUUGAACCCAUUACCUUUUGCACUGCUAAUGCAAUACAGUCACACAAUGCAUUGCAAUCUUUAAUUCCUUUUAUUUACCAGUACUAGCCAAUAGGCUUUUGUGUUUAGACUUUUUCAGGUCAGACCGAAUAGCUGGACCUAUGGUUUGUGUCAGGAAAGGGGUUUGGCUGAAUUAUGUUAGUCAUUUAUGUUAUGUUUACAUAGUGUGAGCGACUAUUUGGACAGCACCUUUACUGGCCCCUUCGACCUUUGACAAACAUUACCAGGCGACUUAUGGCACAUACAAAUAUCAUCAUGAAGUAUUUGAACCGGUUCACCUUUCUGAGAUUUAAUAUCUGUAGCGUCAGCGAAUCAAAUAUUAGAUAUUUUCAUUUUCUCUGCUGUUAGUGUUUCUUGGCAAUUGAAGGGAUGUUGUGGGUGCUUGCUAAGUGGUUACACUUCAAAUUAUGGUUUGUUUUCAACCCAUGCAUGGUUGGGUAUGAUAUGGACAUUUUUCCAACCUGGGGUGUACGCACAGGGUCGAACCCAUAUCCUUGAAAAGUAGGGCUGGGUAUUGGCAAGGGCCUCACGGUACGAUACAUAUCACGGUACAAUACGUUGCAUGCUGCGAUACAUUGCAAUGCUUUUUCUUUUUUUAUCAAAAAUGUAAAAAAUAGAGCUGAUUUUUGUUUUACUAUUUUUUUAAAGCCAAAGUGCGUCCACACGAAAGCUGAAGGUGUUUUUACAUUUUUUGCCAUUUUUAACUCCCGCUAACUUCUGAGACAUAGGCGGUAUAGACCCCUUCACGGUUCACGUCACAGGCUGUUCCCACUGCGCCUGUCGGGGUCAGAAAAGUCAUUACAGCAGAUUGAGUUGCGUAUUAUUCGGUAUCGUCAAAAAUGCCUACUUACGUCGUGGGCUGUGAAAAUCGCACCAGGUCUUCUGUUAAGUUUUCGCGAUUCAUGCAGAAUCUCAAAAACAAAAAAAUACAACAUCUGCGUCUGCAAGCAAUUAACGUGCAGACUGGGACAAUGCAAAGAUCAAAGAGGCUUGUGUUUGUAGUGCUCACUUCAUUUGAGGUAAGUCAUCAUUUUUCAGCACUGUUAGAUUAAAUUAUAAAGCCUAAAUUGUAUGAACAGUUCGACCCCGUGCUAUGCGCGCACCCGAUAGUCAUUCAAUGUUUACAAACCUUGAAGGGGUCUAUAUGACAGACAACUGGACAGCGACAACUAUAGCAACGGCGGAGGAGGUCAUUUGACGCACACAAAAUUUUUAAAAUACAGAUAGUAGAGAUUGAAAUAUCGAUACACUAUCGUGGAAAAAAUGAUCACGAUAGUUAGCUGUAUCUAUAUUUUUGCACAGCCUUACUGCAAAGUAUAGUUGUUUUUUUUACAUUGCAACAAAAUGCAGUGCCUCCUCUCAAGGCUACAUACUACAUUCUCCUAUAGGGACAUGCGUGACCUAAGUGUACAAUGUACACAGGUUAUAAAAAUCGGUGGUGCGCAUACAGUACGCGGACCUUCGCAUAUGUGUAAAAAAUAAUUCGGCUUUAAAGUAUACUAAGUGCAUUGCUAUGUAGUUAUUAGGGUUUUCGGGGUGGUUGCUACAUCAGGGCCCACACCCAAUACUCUUCUUCCUUUGAUAUUUCUUUUUUUACCUUCCUCAUUUCUAUGUUGGUUCCUUGUGUCUAGCACACAUCCCCUUAUGGCACAUGAUUUAAAGUAUCAUUCAAGUAUGUAGCACAAAUGACACUAACAUAUUACUUAUCAGAGUCUGUGUCCUCCUAAGAUCUGCAUGCAGUGCAUGUGGGUCUUUUUUAUUGGACACAUGAGAACAUUUUGUUGUGUUAAACAGGAUGUAUGUGGUUUUACUAUUUCGGUUGAGAAAAGCCCACUUGAGAGAGACUUAGAUGAUGGUAAUAAAGAGGAAGAGGAAAGCGACGUUUAUGUCUUGAAAUCACAAGGGGCUGAUGGUAGUGUUGGUAUAAUUGAUCUAGUUAAGAAAUGGUGCUUAAUAAAAUGUAACAAUAAAUGUUACAGAACUUUUUAACAAGGAAAUCAGGUGCUAAACAUCCAAUGCUGUGGCGGCCGGUGACUUCAUUUCCAAAGGGUGCAAAUUCAAAAUACGUGUUUGUUGCGUCAUGUCAUGCGUCUUGUCAAAAUACUUGCACACACGUUGAAAGGGUUUAUGAUAAAAGAGACGGGCUACAUACAUGUUGUGACGAGCUUCGCAUCAUGCGCCUUCGAAAAGGAAGUCUAUGGCCACCACUGAUCCAAUGUUUAUAAUUAUUAUUGACAUCAGGUGCUUAAAGUUACAGACUUGAGUGCAAUGAUUUACUUGUAUUUUUGUUUCUAAAUUAAUAUCUAAAGGAAAUCUAUACAUGGUGCUUUUUGUUUAUGUACUGUAUGUGUUAUGUCUUAUGGAAAUAAAGAAUUGUUUUUAAUGCCACAGUA